CCCCCCCCCUGCAGCCAUGUCCGCCGGCCAAGCCUACAACGAGGACAAGGGCGGCUCCUCCAGCCUGGGGGAGCCCGAAUAUGGCCACGAUCCGGCCAGCGGGGGCAUCUUCUCCUCGGAUUACAAAAGGCAUGAUGACCUGAAGGAGAUGUUGGACAGUAACAAGGAUUCGCUGAAGCUGGAGGCCAUGAAGAGGAUUGUAGCGAUGAUAGCCAGAGGCAAGAAUGCGUCUGACCUCUUCCCUGCCGUGGUGAAAAACGUGGCCUGCAAGAACAUCGAGGUAAAGAAGCUUGUGUAUGUCUAUUUGGUUCGAUACGCGGAAGAACAGCAAGAUCUGGCUUUGCUCUCCAUUUCUACCUUCCAGCGCGGGCUCAAGGAUCCCAAUCAGCUGAUCCGGGCCAGUGCCCUGCGGGUUCUCUCCAGCAUCCGCGUGCCCAUUAUUGUGCCCAUCAUGAUGCUCGCCAUCAAGGAGGCAGCGUCGGACAUGUCCCCCUACGUGCGCAAAACUGCUGCGCACGCGAUCCCCAAACUGUACAGCCUCGACUCCGACCAAAAGGAUCAGCUGAUAGAGGUGAUUGAGAAGCUGCUAGCAGAUAAGACCACGUUGGUGGCCGGCAGCGUGGUGAUGGCCUUCGAGGAGGUGUGCCCAGAGCGCAUCGACCUCAUCCACAAGAACUACCGCAAGCUGUGUAACCUGCUGAUCGACGUGGAGGAGUGGGGGCAGGUGGUGAUCAUCAACAUGCUCACGCGAUAUGCGCGCACCCAGUUCCUGAGCCCCACCCAAAACGAGUCCCUUCUGGAAGAGAACGCCGAAAAGGCUUUCUAUGGGUCCGAAGAGGAAGACUCCAAGGACGACAAGGCGGAACCGGCGUCGCUGGUGAAACGCAAGCCUUACGUGAUGGAUCCUGACCACCGCCUGCUCCUGCGGAACACCAAACCCCUGCUGCAGAGCCGCAAUGCCGCGGUUGUUAUGUCUGUGGCACAGCUGUAUUUCCAUUUAGCACCCAAAGCCGAGGUUGGGGUCAUCGCGAAGGCCUUAGUUCGCCUCCUCAGGAGCCACAGCGAGGUGCAGUACGUGGUGCUCCAGAAUGUGGCAACCAUGUCUAUUAAGCGUAGGGGAAUGUUCGAACCCUACCUGAAGAGCUUCUACAUCCGAUCCACUGACCCCACCCAGAUCAAGAUCCUCAAGCUGGAAGUCUUGACCAACCUGGCGAACGAGACCAACAUCUCCACCAUCCUGCGUGAAUUCCAGACCUACAUCCGGAGCAUGGACAAGGAUUUUGUAGCUGCCACCAUCCAGGCCAUCGGCCGCUGCGCCACCAACAUUGGCAAAGUGCGGGACACAUGCCUCAACGGACUGGUGCAGCUGCUCUCCAACCGAGACGAGCUGGUCGUGGCCGAGUCCGUGGUUGUCAUCAAGAAACUCCUCCAGAUGCAGCCCGCGCAGCACAGCGAGAUCAUCAAGCACAUGGCAAAGCUGACGGACAACAUUCAGGUGCCCAUGGCCCGGGCGAGCAUCUUGUGGCUCAUCGGCGAGUAUUGCGAGCACGUGCCCAAGAUCGCGCCUGACGUGCUGCGCAAGAUGGCCAAGUCCUUCACCAGCGAGGAAGACAUAGUGAAGCUGCAGGUCAUCAACCUGGCAGCCAAGCUGUACCUCACCAACUCCAAGCAGAGCAAGCUGCUGACCCAGUACGUGCUUAACCUGGCCAAGUAUGACCAGAACUACGACAUCCGGGACCGCGCCCGCUUUAUCCGCCAGCUGAUCGUGCCCACCGAGAAGAGCGGGGCCCUCAGCAAGUAUGCCAAGAAGCUCUUCCUGGCACAGAAACCUGCCCCCAUCUUGGAGUCCUCUUUCAAAGAUCGCGACCAUUUCCAGCUGGGCUCCCUUUCCCAUCUCCUCAAUGCCAAGGCCGUGGGCUACCAGGAACUCCCCGACUGGCCCAACGAAGCGCCGGACCCGUCUGUGCGCAAUGUGGAGGAAGAGUCAUUUGGUCCCGUGGAAAGCCACAUUGGGUUGCUGGGGAAGCCGAAAGAGGUGGUCCCGGAAUGGACCAAGUGUACCAGCCGUGAGAAGAGGAAGGAGAAGGCGGAGAAACCAUUCUAUUCCGACUCUGAGGGGGAGUCUGGCCCAACGGAGUCGGCCGACAGCGAGCCUGAAUCAGUUAGCAGGUCUCCCACCGAAAGUGGCAGCGAGAGCGGUUCCGGUUCUGGCAGCGAAGACGAGGAGGACGAGGAGGACGAGGAUGAAGAAGAGAGCGGGGACCAGUCGGAUGAGAAAGGGGAGAAAAAGAAGAAGCGGAAAGAGGCUCCAAGGAAAGCAUCGCUGGAUAGUGCAGGGAGCGAGGAGGACCAGAGGGGCAAGAAGAAGCCGCAGCUGCGUGAAAGGAAGGGGGACUCAGGAUCCUCAUCAGAGGAGGAGGAGGAGGAGGAGGGCAGCGUGACAGAGAGCAGCUCCUCGGAGUCAGAUUCUGGCUCCGAAGCAGAGGAAUCCCACUCGGAAGUGGAGGUCAAGAAGAAAAGGACGCCUCCCAGCAGCAAGCCUGCCCCGAAGCCGCAGAAGAAAGGGACCAAGGAGAUCUCUCUGCUUGACCUAGAUGACUUCACCCCUCCGCCCUCGCAACCGGUCCUAUCCAGCCCCAUCGUCUCCACCAGCCUGGUGACUGACCUAGAGGGACUCACGCUGACCGAUACUACUUUGGCUCCAACCAUGAUCAGCCCCGGAUUCGGCGCGGUGAAGACCUACGAGCUGCUGCACCGAAUGACCGGGGAGGGACUCUCCGUCGAGUAUCACUUCAGCCGUCAGCCUUUCACGGCCGACGGCCGGAUGGUGGCCGUCCAGAUCCUGAUCUCCAACAACACGGCCACCGAGGUGAAGAACGUCCGCAUUAAUGAGCCGAAGCUCCUCUCGGGCAUGCGCGUCCAGGAGUUCAAGGAAAUCGAAUCCCUCCCUCCUGGAGAGACCGUCAACGUAGUGAUGGGCAUAGACUUCUGUGAUUCGACCCAGGCAGCCAGUUUCCAGUUAUGCACGCACACACGCCAGUUUUACGUGUCCAUCCAACCUCCAGUGGGGGAACUGAUGGCCCCUGUCUUCAUGAGCGAAAACGAGUUCAAGAAGGAACAAGGAAAGCUGACUGGCAUGAGCGAGAUCACAGAGAAGCUGACCCUGCCCGAAAAAUGCCAGAGUGACCACGUGAUUGUGCAGCAGGUGACGGCUGCCGCCAACGUUAGCCGUGUGCCCUGCGGGUCAGACAAGGAAUACCGAUUUGCUGCUAAGACGGUUAGCAGCGGAAGCCUCAUCCUCAUUACCCUGGAGAAGAAAGCAGGAAACGCUGCGCACCUGACCAUCAACAGCGAGAAGAUGUUGAUUGGCACUAUGCUGGUGAAGGACAUAAUCCACUCCUUGACGCAGUGACCUGGGUAGCUUCUCUCUCUAGCCGUGGCUGCUUCCAAC